CUUCCAAGGACAAGAAGAUAAAAAUUCUCUCUCAUCUAUAUCUAAUAUCUUCACUCACUCUCUCUCUAACUCCGAAACAAUCGAAACCCCUUUCUCUCUCUCUCUCUAGGGUUUGUGCAUGUUUCGCGCUUAAUUUAUACCGACGCAGUAGCGAAUCAAAUCUCCAAGCUAAGCUUUUUAUCUUCUCCGUCGAAAGCUCUAUCAAAAGGCGUUGUUUCUGUCCAAAGCCGUUGAGAAUCGGUUAAGCUUCUGGGAGAGAUCGUGUGCGGUGAUCCACAGGAGAUAUUAUUUAUUGGUGCUUCUAGCUGCAGUUACUUGUACUGUGAUGCGCUUGCACAGCAGUGGAUAAUUAUUUGCAAGGUGAUUCUAAUAUAUUGACUGAGUUCAUGGGAUCGUCGUAUGUUGAGAUUGACUCGAUCUCUAUUGAUCUUAAUACCACUAUUGACCAGUGGGAUGCAGGCAAAUGUGAACAUUUUUCAAUACGUGAAUAUGUCUCAGAAAUUCGGAAAAAAGAUUGGAAACUUUGUUGGCCAUUUCCAAUAGAUGAGUCUGACAAGCAACCGUCAUUUCUACCGCUAGAUGUGCCAAAACACAGAUGUUGCCGUUCUCCAAACUAUGAACAAGAAAAUGCGGCCAAAGACAUUCCUAAAGAUAUCCAAACAGACUUUAAUCGUGUUAGUACUGGAUGCAGAUCUGAUACCAACUGCAGUAAUGCAGCUCUCAAACCUUGUAUUCAGAAAGAUCCAAUAUCUGACAUUAUUGUGAGAAGAGACAUUGAUCUUAAUGCUAACCUGAAUAGUGUCGAUUGUUUCUUACCAAUUACUAUUGAGAAAGAAAAGAAAGCCGGAGUUGGACUCGGCAGCAGAAUUGACCUUGAGAUUGGAUUGGAGGAUAAUCUCAAUCACCAAGUAACAAGUGCUCCAUCGCCUAAAAUUUAUCCAGACUUUGCACAAGAAGUGAGCACAACUAAAAGAGGUGGUGAAAGUAAUGGAGUGUCUUAUGUUCAGCUUGCUAAAAAUCUUAGACUUAAAUGCACAGGUAAGAAUUCUGCUGAGAUUUGUAAUGGGGGAACACCUGCAGAUAACCAAUGCCGGAAAGAUUUAGUAACAACAGCCACGGAGGCAUAUAAUAAAUAUGAUCACACAACUGGACCACCUAUUGAAUCCUUUGCUUGUAAUAAUAGUGUGCCUGCAGUAAGUACAGACAACAUGGUUGACGAUGAUUUUCAGGAUCAUCAUUCAGAAAAGUCCACUGGUUUGUCUCGUAGGAAACCUCGAAAGGUGCGUUUGAUGACUGACUUGUUGCGUGAAAAUGGCGAAUCAAAGACUGAAAAAAUUGCAGUACAAGAAUCCCAAUUCCGUGGCACUUCCAAUACUUCUGCAGCUUCACAGGCACGCUCAAAUUUCCCAGGAAAGGUGGAUGUUCAAGGAGAUCUGACUUUAACAAACAAGGGUCAGAGUAGGAAAAGGAAAAUUCUCCCGGAUGAAGUACGGAGUAUGGAAAGUAUGCCUUUUCAUAGAGCUGGAGUUGAAGCUCAAAACUUAGAGGGGAAUGCAAAAACAACUAGUACGGUUUUCAAUAAUAGAUCCAAUUCCAAAAAUGUACUAGCAGGAACAUGUUUACAAUUUACUGAGAAAGGCAACUGCAGUAAACCUGGACCUGAAAGAAACCAAAUCAUGGGUAAGAAGAAGAAGAACAAAAAGAAUCAAGUUGGAGACAAUUAUUACUUGAUUCCUGAGCCACAACAAGGACAGAGAAGAGAAAAUGAGGACACCGUGUAUACUACAGAUAAGGCAUAUGCAUCUAAAACUGUUUCUUCUAGAUUAUCUCCUUCUGUGUUCACAGGGAAAGGGGUGGAUGAUUUUUCUUUCCACAACCUAAGAAUAGAAAAUGAGUUCAAUCUAUCCAAAGAAAAGGGGAAAAUGCUGCAAACCGAUGGAGAACUUAAUUCUUUAUCCUACCACAGAAAUGACAUGUUUGACAGAGAUUCUUUUGCAUAUUCAGGGGUAAAAAUCAGAUCUAGUGUUGCUGCAGAUGUUCCAGUUCCUUCAGACCAAGGGGUGAUGAGUGGAAAAGGAAAGGAGGAGAGUUUGCAUCUUUCUUUGAACAGUUAUAUGUCAGAACAUGGUUACAGCAAAAAAUGUAUCCAUCAAAUAGAAAACCGCCUUCCCUUCUCAUUACCUUUUCAAGAGAGCACCUCAAGAGUUCCUCAGUUUAAUAGAAACGACAGUGAAACCAAUGUUUUUGGAGCACCAAGCAUUCCUUGCAGGCACACAACAAAUAAUGUUUAUGGAAAAGGAGUUCACUGUAAAGAAAAUACUGGUGCUAGAAACACAGGAAAAACUGUUGAAGAUGUGGAACAACUGGGUAUUAAAAAAAGAUACAAUGAACAAGCAGCUGAGGUGUCUGAGCAGGGAACAUUAGAUGGUAUACCCAUGGAAAUUGUGGAACUCAUGGCAAAGAAUCAGUACGAGAGGUGUCUCCCUGACGUAGAAAAUAGAGGCUCAAUGUUUGAAAAAUCUUCUACCAGUAGGAACACACAAAUGACAGCUGGUACUGCUGUUUAUGGCAAAGGGAAGAUGAGCUUGUUAAAAGAAGGGCAGAAGGAGAAAUCAAGGGGAAGACCUAAGAAAAUUAACACGGUCACAAGAGGAGAGAAUGUGAAGCCUAACAAAAGAAAGCCAAAUCAUUACUUUUCUCCAUUCAAUGGAAGUAAUUUGGGAGUGAACAAUCCGUAUCCACCUCAACCCUCCUUUGGAUUUGAAAUUCCCCAGUCCCAAAAGUUGUCAAAUGGAUUCCAGUUUUCACCUAUGAUUUCUAACCAGCUUGGUAGUGCGCGAAAUAUCAAGUUUAAUGGGAGUCUCGAAGAGCGCGCCCCCUCUAAUGCUACUUUGCAAUCCCUGGGAGGAUGUAGCUUACACAAGAAUAUAUUACAGCAGGAUGAUGAAGCUUCUCACAUUUGGGCAUCCUUGGCCCCAAAUCACGCUUCCAUAGGGUAUAAUGGAUUGCAAAAGGUUGUUUCUCAGCCUAGUAGUAGCAACAUAGACAGAACUUCACUCCAAUCUGGUGCAUCACAUAAGCAGAACAUGAGAAGGGAUAUUGAUCUUAACUAUACAAAUAUCAAUGCUACAGGCCAAGAAAAGCAUAAUAGAAAUACAGGUCCUGGAGUCUUCAGCAGGGUGAAUGGAGAAUACUCAGUUCCAUGCAAACAUAAUGGAAUAGAGGCUCAUCAAAAUUUGAGGGGCUCUUUGGAUUUGUAUUCUAAUGAGACAAUACCUGCCAUGCAUUUACUUAGCCUUAUGGAUGCAGGCAUGCAGUCACGUACACCCUUCAAUGUCGGUGUUAAUUCUCAAAUGCUCAAAAGACCCUCCUAUGCUGGUGAUUGCAAUACCAAGUUGGAAAUUGGUGCAUCCAAGGCCAAUGGUACCCUGAAAAGGCAGCCGUCUGAUUAUUACAACAGAAGUUACUUAUCGGAUAGACCACAUGGCUGUUUCAUUGGCUCUCCAACCUUCGGUGCAUCUUCAUCAGCCCAGCAUGGUAAUAAGUUUACAAAAGAUGAUGGUUCCAAUGCUCAAAAUUCAACUAAGUUUGGAAAGAAAGAAAAGAUGAAGAGCUCCAACUCACUCCUGCAGAAUAGAUUUGUUAAGCAGUGUAGCUUGUCUUGUAACGAAACAGAAACUUCACUGCAACGCAGAUUGGAAAUUCAUGGUACUCACACCUCUGUGCCGUUAAAGACCACAUCUGGCAUCUCAUGUACGGUGAAUAGAAACCCUGCUGAAUUCACCGUUCCGGAAGCAGGGAAUGUCUAUAUGAUCAGAGGAGAGGAUCUGAAAUUUGAGGGGAGCAUUCCCCAAAACAAGCAUCUUUUCCCUAUUCCUUGUGGACACAAGCAGCAGAGGAAUUUGAAGGGAACUAAAAUGAAAGAACACUCAAAACAUUGAAAUCCUCCAUUAUUCUGUGAUCUGAUGAGUCGUUCAUGCAAUGUGAGAAUAGCAAAUGACUUUCAUCUCAGUGUAGAAGGUGAUCUUUGACUUGGAACCUCACAUCGAUCGACUUGGGAAGACAAUUAUGCAUCUAUUAUGCAAUUGUUGUAACUAGUAAACUUACGUACUUCAUAUAUUAUGUUGGUGUCAUAAAAUUUACGGGGAGCCUACAUGUAGCCCCUUAGAAUUUAAGUAUCAGUAUGAUGUCAUAAAGUUUAUGGGGAAAACUCAAAAUAGCCCCGUAUAGACUUAAUAUACUAUGGUCACAGUUCAUACAACUGCCAAAACCAAUGUAAAAGAUCCAGUUUGCUGCUGAGCUGUUUGAUUUUUCUACAAAACCUACAAGGAAAAUACUAUUUGUCUGUGACCAAAAAUUUCACUUGUAGUACGUGAUUGGUCUCUUUGAUGAAGUUUAUUAAUCAUUUGAGCUCAAUUGAUUUGUUCGUGA